GGAGACAUGAGAUGAUCUUUUGGGCGCAGGACAUUUGACUUUCAGAUAGAGAAAAAGGCUUGUUAGGAGGAGACACGUACAGGAGGGCCCGGAGGUGGCUGAGAUAGGACUGGGCAUGUUCUUGAACACGGCUUCUCCCCGGAGGUCAUUUAGCAUCCCCAUUAACAUCAACCUGCAUGGUGCUCGCAGGCGGCAGACACGAGAGAUCCACCACACAUCUGUGAUGCAGGAGCAGGAAAGGAGCCCGAGAGGAGAUGGAGGAGGUGCAGAGGGAGCCCGGAGUCAGAUGCCUGUUUCUAGCGUCGGAGAGGACAGAGCUAUCUUGUUGGGUUUCACCAUGAUGGCUUUCUCUGUGCUCAUGUUCUUCGUAGUCGGCAUUACCACAGUCAAGCCUUACAUUGACAGUCGUUGGGAGGAGUCUAGCUGUGUCCUGCCUCAGAGUAAUAUUCUGGAGGAGUGGGUGGACUGCAGAGGGGUGAGCACUGUGCCCUGCCUGACGGUGACAGUCAACAUCGCCGGCUCCAAUCAGUCUGCCUUUCUCCAGCUGGAUGAGGACUCAGUCUUUCUUCCAAAUGAGAACAGAGCUGGAUCCAAACGCAGCUUCUUCCAACCAUCCAGGAACAACCAGUACGAUGGAGAAAAUGCCUUCCAGAUCAGAGCGACGAACGUUUUUAACCCAGCUGGAGUCAGCUUUUAA